GUCGGAGGGCCAGCAGGGGGAGCGAGGGGUAUGCCAGGAGGCGGGCGGUGGGGAGGCUCGGCGCCACUGCAGAGGCAAGCAUAGCAGAGACCCUUGCUGGAGGACACACGUCCAUCAAGUGUAUAUACAAUUCAAAUUCAGCACCAUACACUCACAACGCACACACACCACUGACACCUUAGGUCCAACUCACACGCCCACCAGUCACCCAACAACACAACACACCAACACACCAACCACCAAGGUCCAUCCAUGCACUCUUACCACCGAGCUAAAAAUCACGGCCACCCUCCCUCCCUCUCUCCCCCCAGUUUGUUUGUGUCUGCGUGUCUGCGGUGAACGCUAUUGUGCACUGCGCUGCACUCGUGCGAGAAUCAAUCAAUGAAACGACAAAGUCCCCCCCUCCCCCCUCCCCCUUCCCGCAAUCGACACGCACGACGGCCAUGAAAAAGACAGACAGACAGACAGGUAGACGGACGGACGGACGUAAAGUGGCUGGCUGAUGCAGCAGUACGAGUAGGUUGGAGUAUUAGUGAUAUUGCAGUAGCACAGCAGCCAGCCAAGCCAUCGGGCCCCGAGGAAAAAAUACGCACAGACAGACCAAACGCAUCUCUGUUCUCUCCUUGCUUCUUUCGUUUUUUCUGCGCUGCGAUGCUUUCCUUGGUGCACUGAAGUGCACUGCAUCCCCCGACGGCCAGCCAGGCAGGUCAAAGGUCGUCCGUCAACGAUGCUGUGACCCACCUAUCCUACCGCCCAGAGACACAGCGCAUACAACGGAAACGCAGCCCGCACCAUGGUUGCCAAUCCAACGAAACAGACAGACAGACAUUCACGGUGAAGCGCAUGGCACGGGUGGGCGGAAGAAGACAGACAGACAGACAGACAUGGCGACAUGGCGGCUGGACAGUGAGUUUGUCGGUGUGGUGUGUGGUGUCGCGUCACUCUCUAAGGCCUAAACACAUCAAUGCAAUCCAAUCCAAUCCAAUCCAAUGUAAUGCCAUGUAUGCAGGAAGCACCAACCAGAGACACAUACCCCCACACCCAUGGAUAAGGUGGAUGCGCACACACGCAGGAAUAUCAUCAGCGCGAGCAAAAAGGCCCACAUGGUGCACACCACCACCACCAUCACGAGCAGCAGCAGCAGCAGCACGGCUAGAGGGGGGGUAUGUGCGUUUGCAGGUCACAUGAGGUUGGGGUGGGGGGAGGGGGGGGGAGGGGACACAGACGCAAUUAGAGAGUGGGUGGGGAAGAGAGAGAGGUGCCUGGGUGGGCUCGCUACACAGUCAGGUGAGGCGUGUGACGACGGACAACGGUACAAAAGCAGGAAGAAACACAUACACGUGGGUCGGGUGCGUGGGUGUUGGCCACCUACCAGUUAGUUACUCGCUUGUCAUAAAUCGGUGCCUGUAGACAUUUCUUUCACGAGUCUUCCAUCCAUCCAUCCAUCCAUUUGAUAAGAGUCCGCUGCCACCCUCACCCGUGUUGUCUGUCCUCUGCGCCAGCCAGCCAGCGCAACUCGCUACGCCCACCCCGCCCUUGAAACGUCCAGCCCCCCUCCUGACUGCCUGCCUGCCUGCCCCGCGACCACGGAUGGUAUAAAAAUGGGCGCAUGGGUGGGUGGACCGAUGUGCGAGAGUGUGAUGCAUGUGACUGACGGUGAGAGACAGAGAGAAGAAACAUCCCAUCCGGCCCCCCUCCGUCCCUCUCUGCGGGUGACCCACUCGGUGGCAUGACCGACAUGCCGGGCUGCGGGUAUGCAGCAGAACGAACGAAUGAACGAGCGAGCGAACGAACGAAUACGCACCAAAAAUCCGGUGUGUCACGUGCAGUGCAACAAACACGACACUCACUGCCUGGCUGCAUCGACAGAAACAAUGUGGGCACAUGGGGUGGGUGGGGCAACUCGUGUGCGCCGUCUCUGAUCCAUCACAAUAAUAACACAACAACACAACACACGACACGACACGAACACCGCGGCACGACCCGACCGUCCAUGAAUGCUUCUCUCCUCUAGACUCAGCAGACAGCAGACAGACAGGAGGGGAGGGGGCAACGACAGACAGACAGACAGCCAGCCAGCCAGCCGACCGACCGUAGAGGUGAGAGCGCACAAGUGAGUGAGCAGAUACAAAUAGGCCCUCACAGCGCACUCACUCGCUCACUCACUCACUCAUCCACUCACUCACUCACUCACUUCACACCACGCACAAGAAAAAAACCCAUGAAUGAAUGAAAGGCUCCACACAACACGCCAACCGAGCGCACACACAGACAGACACGGUCCACCACGCAUCCCCCCUCCCUCCCUCCCUCCCUCCUCGCCCUAUCUAGCCAUCCACCCUAUCGACGCGCAUCAGCUGGUGGUGGGCAUGUGCAUGUGCGUGUGGGUGGGGGAGCGGGGGUUUGUGUGCGUUGGGGACCGACGAACUUGGUGGCGGGAAGUGGACGCCCGAGAGGCUCUGCUUCCGGAUCAUGUCAAGACAGUGGGACAGUAGGGGUGAGGUGGAGAACUGGUAGGCCGCCGGGUCGGCCGUCGUGUCGAUGGCCGCCCCCUCGUCGCUGUAGACGUCCUGCUCCGAGCCGCCCCCGCCGUAGAUGGGCGGCUCGAUGCGGCCGUACCCUCCCAUACCCACACCCACACCGACACCCACGCCCAUCCCCGACUCCUUGCCGGCUGCCCCACCCCCUGCCGCUUGGUCAUGGUCGUCGUCUGUGAUGUCGAGCCUGAAUUGGCACUCGAGGUCCUCGUCGCCGUCGAUGUCCAGGUCGAAGUCGUCAGAGUGCUGGUGGUGCCCGUGGUGGCCGUGGGCAGAGGGGUCGAACUCCUCGUCGAUGCACGGCGGAUAGUGGCCGUCCUGGCUGUCCGUCGUGGAUGUGGGAACCGUACUGUGAACCACACACGAAGGCAGAGAGCGCAAAACGAGAGAAUGAGAUGGUCCGUUCUGUCUUGCCCCCGCGUGUCUGUCUCGGCAUGCACGUAUCGUGUCCCCAUGUGUGUUGUCGGCUUACCACCUGCUCGACGGCAGCCUGAGGUAGUCAUGGUUGGCCGGUGCCGACGACGACAGGGCAAUAGAGAACCCCCCCUCCUCCUCGCGUGUGGUCUCCAGUGGCGCACCACCCGCACCCCCACCGCCCCGCUUGCCUCCAUCGCCGUGUUGCUGGUGCUGCAGCCGCGCGGGGAAGUGCUUGCCGGCCUCCUCAAAUGAGGGAGGCAGCUCGAACUUUGGCGGCGAGCCGGGAGGCUGGAUUGGCCGCGGCUCGGGACGCACCGGCGGGUCCAGAGGGCAUAUGUCUAUCGUGGCGGAACGGGGACGACCAGACACCUUCAAAUGCACCGACGACGACGACGACGCCAUAGUUACUGGCUCGUGACGACACGCAACGGGCUAGCAACGGACGGGAAGAGUCAAACAAUGGCACCGGGGUGAUGAUAUCUCGUGAAGAGGGUCACUCCAUCCUUGCGGUUCUUCCUGACACCGG